AGGAUCCCACACCGGCGUUAGACCCCUCUCUGUUCGUUCCUCAGGAUGAGACGAGGCAACAACAACUAUGCACGCAGAUUUGGAGGGGCACGAGCAUAAGUGCAGUGGAACACUUUUUGAAGUUGUUGAAGCCGUGUCCCUUGAGGACAGGUGAGAUGGUGCACAAGCUCGUGGUCGCCGGUGCGAAGGUGCUGCUCAGCGACAAAAAGACGCAGUACCUCCCGAAGAACUAUAAGCAGUUGCAUGGCAUUGCGGAAUGGGGGGCGACUGCGACGGAGACUCACGAUGUGGAGCCGCUCGUUUCCGGGUACGAGGAGCCGCAACCACCAACCACUGCAGGGAUGGCACCACCAAAAACCGCUUCCCGAACAGAACCGGUCGCUGCAGACGAGGGCCUUGCGGAGGGUUCAACGUCAAACACGAGGGUUGCAUCGUUGCAGCAGACAUCAAUCAGCAGAUGGGUGGACAACGAUGCACAGAAGAAGUUGGAUAUUGCGUGGGCGGAGGCGAUGUUCCGUGUUGGCAUUGCGUUCAACUUCCUGAACUUUGACACGACGCAGAAGCUCCAUGAGGUUUACUUGGAAGUGGCGAAUGCGCGACCAAAGGUCAAGCUGCCCUCGUACAAGCAUAUGAGGACGGUGAUGCUUGACUUCAUCUACUUGCGAAUUCAAAAGUGGAUGGAUCGGGAUGGAACAUCGCCGACAAACCUUGUGGAAUACGACGACCUGAUUGAAAGGAAAGUGGCUCACGUGGUUCUCACUGACGAGCAGCGGGCGAACGUCAUGGAGAAAGCCAAAGAUUGGGUGAAGAUGAUGCGGCAGCCAGUACAUGCACUGGCAUUUCUUCUGGACCCACGCAGGAGAAAUCCACGGUGGCUCUAUGGUCGGGACAGUGCAAUUGUGCAAAACGUGAUGCUUUACCUGCAGAGACAGGUUGGAGGUGAUUGGAAAGGGUCAGACCACCUUGAGGUUUUGAGUGACCUUCACGAGUUUCACAAGGAACCCACGCCGAACGGGCCCAGGAGAAAGGACAAGAAGAUGCGGGAGCCCGAUGCGAAGGUUGAUUGUGAGAAGCUCACACCGUCAGAGUGGUGGGCGACUUAUGGUGGCGAUGUCCUCGACGUGCAGGCCAUUGCCAUCAAAGUGAUGGGCAUGUGGAGUACGGCAACCCCGACGGAGAGGAAUUGGGCGUCCAUGGACUUCGUGCAUUCGAAAAGGAGGAACAGUUUGAAGCCUGAAACAUUGGAGAAGUUGGUGUACAUCCAUUGGAACAUGCAACUACUGCGUGCUGCCAACAACAGCGGUGCCAACGGCGAGGGCUACGUCGAUCUGUGGAGUUCGUUCUUCGAGGCUAUUCCAGAGCCAGACGAGAACAAUGGAUCUGUCUUGAGGGGCCCCGAGGAAGAAACUGAGAAGACGGAUGAGGAGCUGGUGCCGCAAAGUAGCUUUGUGAAGACACGGAAGGGAAGGAUUCCAAAGAAGCUUGAGGACGAAGAGGACGAGUGCACCGACGACGGUGAUUUGGAUGAUGAGUUGUGGAAGGGGAGGGGUGGAUUGUCGGAUGAGACGAGCGGCGCGGAGGAGGAGGAGGACGAAACAAUCCCAACCUGGAGGGAGAUUGAGAGACGCAAGAAGAAGGUUGGGGAGAAGGAACCGGAGAAACGUCGGCCAUUGGACGCUGUGCAAGAGCGAGAAGAGGAAGAGCAACAACAAAGUGGACCGAUUUUGAAGGAGGCGGACCAGCAAGAGGCAGACCACCGCAAAGAGGCGGACCAGCAAGAGGCUGACCAGCAAGAGACGGAGCACCGCAAAGAGGUGGAGGAGAAGGACCAGCAAGAAGAUAAGGGCGACAUGGACCACGCACAAGAGCCGGAGAUGGAGCACGGAAAAAAGGACGAGGGAUGGAGCAUGAAGAGGACAAGGAGGGGAUGGAGAACGUAUUGCGUACCUUUCAUAGGUACCACUGCGACACCACGCCCCGAUCCUCCUCCCCCGGAGCCUUCCGUGCCCACACCAUCUCCUUCCAUCACUGUCACCUCGCCUCGGCAGUUCGCCCACUUCAUCCGACAAGACGACGUCAUCUUCUUUAUGGUGGACGUGACGGAUCUCUUACACUAUGAUCCACCCUGUCCCGACGCCGAGCUCAUCCCUCUAGAGCCAGAUCCUCAUUCUAUCUCCAUGGCUCCCACAUCUACUUUCGUCCCUCCGCCGUCCAUCGAGUCCACUCCGCCGUCGCGCGCUGACGCUGACGUUGAGGAGCUUGCACGAUAUACGGCUGACCUGGAGCCCGCAGUUCGUGACCUCAUCCGAGAGUACCACGACGUUUUCCCAUCGUUUUUCUCGUACACCGGCAUCCCACCGAUGCGUGACGUCGAGCACUCCAUUCAGCUUGUGCCUGACUAUCGUGUUCACCACCAGGCACCCUACAGACUCUCGAUCCCCGAGGCCACCGAGCUCAAGCGUCAGCUUGAGGGGCUUCUGAGACUGGGUUUCAUUAAACCCAGCAACUCCCCGUGGGGUGCACCCGUCCUCUUUGCUCGCAAAGCGGAUGGAACUCUUCGUCUCUGCAUCGACUACCGCGGUCUCAACCGCUACACGGUUAAGAACAACUACCCCAUGCCUCGUUACGAUGAGUUGUUCGACCGCCUAGCAGGCAACCGUUUUUUUACGAAGAUCGAUCUUCGUAGCGGUUACCAUCAGAUCCGCGUCGCUGCAGCCGACGAGCCGAAGGCCGCGUUCCGAUCGCGAUUAGGCCACUUCACGGUGAUGCCAUUCGGCCUCACCAACGCAACCGCUACCUUCCAGAGGGCGAUGAACGACAUCUUCAGGGACAUCCUGAAGCAGUACGUUCUUGUCUACCUCAACGAUAUCUUGGUCUAUAGUCGUACCCUUGAGGAGCAACUCAGACACCUCAGUGACGUCCUUGACCGCUUGCGCCGACAUGGCUUCUACGCCAAGCUGAGCAAGUGCCGCUUUGCCCAGCACAAAGUGGAUUUCUUAGGACACUACGUGUCUGACCAGGGUCUCCACAUGGACGACGCGAAGAUCACUGCUAUUGCGGAGUGGCCCGCCCCCACAUCCGCCAAGCAGCUUCGCAGCUUCCUAGGCCUGACCAGCUACUAUAGUGAUUGUCCGAUAGCCUUCUACUCCCGUCAGCUCCUGCCCGCCGAGAUAAACUACACUGCUGAUGAACGUGAGGUUCUCGCAGUAGUUUAUGCCGCUCGGCACUGGUGUCACUACGUGCACGGGGCACCGUUCACGGUGCGUACGGACAACUCUGUUGUCGAGGCUUUUCUGACAAAACCGAAGCUCACUCCUCGGCAGGCUCGCUGGUGGCGCGACCUAUCCGAGUUUAGUUUCACCACUGAGCAUAUCAAGGGUGAGACUAAUCGGGUCGCAGAUGCCCUAUCUCGGCGCCCUGACCACGACCACGAGCACAUCCAGCUCUCUUCCAUCUCGGUCACCACCGUCCACCACUCGGUGAUCGACGAGUUUCGCACUAUGUACCUCCACUGCCUCGACUAUCGCGACAUCCACGCGGCCCGUCGGAGUGGCAAGAUCGUCCCGAACUACUCUCUCGGGGACAACGGUCUUGUGUACUGGCACGGUUCACAAGGCACUAGAGAGCCCCGUAUUUGCGUUCCCUCCACUGGACAACUACGUAUCCGAGCAGUAGCAGAGUUCCAUGACCAGGCAGCCGCCGGUCAUAUGGGCUUCCAUAAGAAGUUGGCUCGUGUGAGCCGCCUGUACGUUUGGCCGAAGCGCAAGGACUUUGUGAAGGACUACGUCGCAGAGUGUCCCACCUGUCAGGAGGUGAACAGUGCGAACCACCUACCUUAUGGUUUGCCCCAGCCUCUUCCUAUCCCUAAGGGUCGUUGGCAGUCCAUCUCGAUGGACUUUAUCGGUCCUCUUCGACCUCCGACCCCCCGCGGUCAUGAUGCUAUCCUGGUUGUUGUCGACCGCUUCACGAAGCGUGCAUGCUUUGUUCCGUGCCGCUAUGCUAUCAGUGCACGUGAGGUCGCCGACAUCGUGUUUGACCGAGUCGCGCCUCGGCGGUACCAUUCCUCCGCAUACUUCGACGUGUUGGAGAUAAGGUACGACUUUAUCCUCGGCACUCCCUGGUCUCGCCGGUUCUGUAGCACAGAGGCCGAAUGGGCGACCAAGACACUGGUUCUCAAAACGAAGUGUAGUCAGACCCAUCGCGUCCCUUUCAUUGGAACCACGGGCGACAUUCCUCCCGACCUACCUCCCCAGGACCCUCGUCCCUCAAGGUCCCACCCCGACAUCGCCUUCACUUCCCCUCGUCAGUUUGCUCACUUCAUACGACAUAAGGAUGUCACGUUCUACUCAGUGAACGUCAUGGAUCUUCUUCGCUAUGAUCCACUAUGUCCCGAGGUUGAGCUCAUGUCUCUGGAGCCCGAUCCCCCUGACCCUUCCUUCAUCUUCGUGGCUCCCAUCUCUACGUCCACCCGUCAGCCUACGGAUACCCCCUCCACGUCCCAGGCCUCUGCGAUAUCGACUGUCGAGUCCACACAUACGUUUCGUGCCGACGCAGACAUUGAGGAACUCACACGGUUCACAACAGACUUGGAGCCUGCCGUUCGUGACUUGAUUCGAGAGUACCAUGACGUCUUCCCUCCGUAUUUCUCAUACAGCGGGAUACCUCUGAUGCGCGGUGUUGAGCAUUCUAUCCAACUCGUGCCUCACUAUCGUGUUCACCAUCAGGCACCGUACCGACUCUCGAUUCCAGAGGCGAUGGAACUCAAGCGUCAGCUUGAGGAGCUCCUUCGACUGGGUUUCAUUAAACCCAGUAACUCCUCUUGGGGUGCACCCGUCCUCUUCGCUCGCAAAGCAGACGGAACUCUUCGCCUCUGCAGCGACUACCGCGGCGUUAACCGUUACACGGUUAAGAACAACUAUCCCAUGCCCCGCGCAGAUGAGUCGUUUAACCAUUUCGCAGGCAACCGGUUCUUCACGAAGAUUGAUCUUCGUAGUGGUUAUCACCAGAUCCGUGUUGCUGCGGAGGAUCGGUCGAAGACUGCCUUCCGUUCGCACUUCGGCCACUACGAGUUCACGGUGAUGCCAUUCGGCCUCACCAAUGCACCCGCCACCUUCGAGACGGCGAUGAACGACAUCUUCAGGGACAUCCUUAAAGAAUACCUUCUAGUAUACCUAAACGACAUCUUGGUCUACAGUCGUACCUUAGAAGACCAUAUCAGAUACCUCCGGGAUGUCCUACAGCGCUUACGCAAGCAUGACUUCUAUGCCAAACUUAGUAAGUGCCGCUUUGCCCAGCGCAAAGUGGACUUCCUAGGACACCAUGUGUUUGACCAGGGUAUCCACAUGGACGACGCGAAGAUCACUCCUAUUGUAGAGUGGCCCGUCCCCACAUAUGUCAAGCAACUUCGCAGUUUCCUAGGCCUCACCAGCUACUAUAGUAAUUUUAUCCAGGGAUACGCUAGGUAUUCCUACGUCCUUACCUCCACCCUCCAUCUAGAUGUGUAUAAGAGACAGAUAAUACACAGAGUAAAAGCACAAUGCUAACUUAGACCCGAAGCACAAGUUUCUGAAACAAACAAAACCAAUGGUACGUC